GUGGUGCAUGCCUGCAAUCCCAGUGACUCAUGAAGGCUGAGACAGGAGAGUCGCUUGAAUCCUGGAGGCAGAGGUUGCAGUGAGCCAAGAUCACACCACUGCACUCCAGCCUGGGUGACAAAGUAAGACUCCAUCUCAAAAAAAAAAAAAAAAAAAAAGGAAAGAAAGAAAGUUUCACUAUUGAAAGGAUCCACUUUUUAAUAUAACAGAUACUUUGGGUAUUUUAAAUAUUUUUAUUAUUAAUUGUUGAGGCAAAUUUAUUUCUAAUCCCUAGAAUGUACUUAGAUCUGGGUGAUAAUGUGGAAAAUAGUGAUUAAUUAGCAUUUAUAAACUAUGUAUAUAUUUGUGAGAAAUGUUUGGAAAUGUACAACUGAAAACAGUAAGUCAAUUUGGAUAACUUGGAAAGAGUAUUCAGAGCAGAGUUUUCUUUACAGCAGAGGCAUAAGGGCAUGAUUCUGGCCUUGCGUAAGUUCUGAGAGCACUAGCCUUAUGUCAAAUACACAGUUCCCAUUCAACCUCCUUUUCUUUUGGACAAACUGAAAGAUGGUUAGUCUUGAGAGAUAUGUAAAUUGUCACUUAUUACAUGUGUUUUGUCUUUAUUCUUUUGAGAUGAUAAUUAAUGGAGAUUCAGAGCAGAGUUUUCUUUAUAGCAGGGGCAUAUGGGCAUGAUUCUGGCCUCUGUAAGUUCUGAGAGCACUAGCCUCAUGUCAAAAGACACAGUUCCCAUUCUUCCUCUUUUUUUUUUUUGAGACAGAGUUUCGCUGUUGUUGCCCAGGCUGGAGUGCAAUGGUGCAAUCUCAGCUCACUGCAACCUCCACCUCCCGGGUGCAAGCGAUUCUCCUGCCUCAGCCUCCGGAGUAGCUGGGAUUACAGGCAUGCGCCACCACCCUGGCUAAUUUUGUAUUUUUAGUAGAGACGGGGUUUUUCCAUGUUGGUCAAGCUGGUCUUCAACUCCCGACAUCAGGUGAUCUGCCCACCUCGGCCUCUGAAAGUGCUGGGAUUACAGGCGUGAGCCACAAUGCCCAGCUCGUUCUUCCUCUUAUCAAUUGUGUGGCCUUUUGCAAGUCACCUUACUUCUCCAGACCUCAGUUUAAUCAUCUGUAAAAUGGGGACAACACUUUCAUUUUAUAGGUUUAGCAACUGAGGUCCAGGGAGAGUCAGGUAUUUGCCCACAGUCAUCUAGAUAGUCAGUGGUAAAAUUCAGCAUUUAGCUGAGGUCCUGUAGCAUCCAAGUCUUUGGCCCUUCCAGGACAUUAUGCUGCCUGACAUAGUACAUAUAAGAGCACUUUGAAGGCUGUGAAACAGUGGAGCCACCUACAGUGGAAUUAUGAUUAUGCCAGUGGCAUUGUGGUCAACUCCACUGGAGAGGAAGAGUUGAGUGGUGGGAAGAAUGGGUUGGAACUUUCACAUCCUUCAAGACCCCAUGCAGGGCAACAUUAGACUUGAUUUUCCAGGCCUGGCAUAUAUGUUUGGAUAGGCAGCCACUUCCGCACUUGUGGACAGAAAGCCUGUCUUUUGUUCUAUGGCUGGAGCUUUCUGUUUCCUUUCCUUUAACUUUAGCCAGACUUGUUCUGUUUCCAGUUCUGCUUUUUAAAAUUUAAUCUUGGAGACCUUCUUUGAUAAGACCUACAUCAUUUUUAAUUGCUAUAAUUAUAAUUAAUAGGAUUAUCUGUCAAGCACUAGCAUAGCACUAGGCAAAUAGUAAGCACCCAACACAUUCUAAUUGUUAUUACAGCUAGUUGGUGACGUUUCUAUGAGUGUCUGCAGCCAUUUCCCAUUCUGGUAUGUCAUUAUUUUUUCUUAGAUCUUGAUUCCUCUUUUUUCAAUCAAUGUUUUCCCAAGAUUUUACUAUAAAAAGUUUAAAACAUAGAACAAAGCUGAAAUAAUUCUACUGUGUGCAGCCAUAUACAUAGCACUUUGAUUUUACCCCAUGAACAUUUUACUAUACUUGCUUUAUCACCUGUCUAUCCAUUUGUCCAUCCUUCUAGCGAUCCUUUAUUCUACUUUAUUUUCUUGAUGCAUUUCAAAGUAAACUGCACACAUCAGUCUAUUUCUUCCUAAAUACUUCACCUUGCAUAAUAAAUUACAGUUUGAUAGAAAUUAAAAUAUGCAUUUUAAAGAAAGUUGCCAUGGAGCUCUGGUUGUGGGCCCCAUGCUCUAGGCAUCUUGGAUUAUUCUACUCCUUCACACCCCUAACCCCCUAACAAGGCUUCCUGAGGCCUAAGAAAUGAAGGUCCAAUUGGAUAUUGAGGUUUGAGAGUAGAAUUUAAGGUUUUGCAUUUCUUUGACCACCCUUCCUUCCUCCUUUACUUCUUUCCUCCCACCCCCCCAGGCUUCACCUAGACUUCCUCUCCUACUUUUAACAUAUAAGAUGACUUUGUGUAAAUUAUGGAAAGGUAGCCUCUCCAAAGAGGCAGCCUUCCCUGGCCCAUUUAAUCCUGUCAGCAGGAGACCUUUGUGCAGGAUGCAACCUGCACAGCCUCGCAUAGCAGGCUUGGCCCAUUCCACUUGAUUGUUGUUAUUCUCUUGAACUGCUUGGCAUGUUGCCGUUCCCAAAAGGUUACCUCUGUUCUAGUCAGUCCUAGCAUUUAUAUCCAGUUUCCUCAAAAGAAAGGCUUUCUCUGUUAAUGAAUCACAUAGUCCAUGCUUUCUUUCCUUUGACUCCCAGAACCUUGAUAUUUGGUCCUUUCACUUCUGGGGGCCUUAUUUAUUCUUGCUUUGAGAUGCCUGAUCCUUUGCACUAUCUCCAUAAUUUACCUGAAUGUCUGGCUUCCUGCCUCCUGCCCUCACCUGCCUGAAACAGAGUUGUAUUUGAGGUGAAGAGCCUGCAGCAUGGAGUUGCUUAAAAGGCAUCCUUCUGCUCUUCCUAAGCCGGCGCUCGGCAAGUUCCCCCAGGAGAAGGCCAUGUUCAGUUCAAGCGCCAACAUUGUGAAGCCUAAUGGCGAGAAGCUGGACGAGUUCGAGUCCGGCAUCUCCCAGGCUCUUCUGGGGCUGGAGAUAAACUCGGACCUCAAGACUCAGCUCAGGGAGCUGAAUAUUACGGCAGACAAGGAAAUUGAGGUUGGUGGUGGUUGGAAAGCUAUCAUAAUCUUUGUUCCCGUUCCUCAACUGAAAUUUUUCCAGAAAAUCCAAGUCUGGCUAGUACGCGAAUUGGAGAAAAAGUUCAGUGGGAAGCAUGUUGUCUUUAUCGCGUAGAGGAGAAUUCUGCCUAAGCCAACUCGAAAAAGCUGUACAAGAAAUAAGCAAAAGCAUCCCAGGAGCCGUACUCUGACAGCUGUGCACGAUGCCAUCCUUGAGGACUUGGUCUUCCCAAGCAAAAUUGUGGGCAAGAGAAUCCGCGUGAAACUAGAUGGCAGCCGGCUCAUGAAGGUUCAUUUGGACAAAGCACAGCAGAACAAUGUGGAACACAAGGUUGAAACUUUUUCUGGUGUCUAUAAGAAGUUCACGGGCAAGGAUGUUAAUUUUGAAUUCCCAGAGUUUCAAUUGUAAACAAAAAUGACUAAAUAAAAAAUAUAUAUUCACAGUGAAAAAAAAAAA